GUGGGACGUGCAACACCAUCUUGGUGGCCAACAUCUAUGGAGAGGCUUCUCAAAUCGAUGAAACGCUAUCUACGCUCCGGUUUGCAUCAAGAAUGAAGUGUAUACCAGCUGAGCCUGUAGCUAAUAUCUAUACUGACCCUGUGAAACUAAUUCAUAAGCUUCAGAAUGAUAUCCAGGUACUUCAGGAUGAGCUGGCUAUGUACAACAUUCUGGGCAACCGUCGGCAGGUCAGCUACGAAACCUUAACUGCAAAUCAGAUCCGAGACAUUAAAGCUCAAAUCUGUAGGUACUUGGAAGGGACGGUCGAUGAGAUUAAUAUUACAAAUAUCAGGCAACUCCGUGAGACCUUUGCACAAUUCAAGAUUAUUCUGCUGCAACAGGAACAGGAAAUAGAGGCCACGUUGAGGAAGAAGUACAUCCUUAUUGAUAAAGUGAAUAGACAAACCAGCUUUAUAGCAGACGGGAUGGGGCUUUUGAAUUCGGAAGAAUCGCAAGUUGGAGAACUUAUGGGGGAAGGAUUCGGAAUUGGACUGGCUCCCACCUCCGCAAAAGCCAAAAAAAUAAAAGUUAAAAAGGGCAAAGACAUAGCAGGUUCGACCAAGAAGGACCGUCCUUCAGUUACGGGAAAAGAUGCUGAAAUGUUGCAGCAACCGAAAGAUUCUGCACAAGAUGUUUCUCCAAAACCUGCCGGAUCGAGAGUGAUCAUGGCAUCGGCAAUUGAUUCUGUACGCUCCGAGUCGAUUGUCAAAAUAGAGGAUGCCAGACAUACCACUCCUCCAGGAAGGUCGGAGAUAUUUGACAUGUUCAAAGCAGAGAAAGGAUCUGAGAUUAAUCGUAUCCUUAUUGAGAAUAAGCGUAUUCUCAUUGAGAAGAGGACCAACUUGAAGGACUUGACUGAUCGCAUCAACAACGUCAAGGAAGAGAUUGACAUCACCAAUCGCUCACUCAACAUCAAGAAACGGGAGCGACACGUUCAAGGCGAGUACAAGAAUGAACACGAUGAGCCGGUGGUUGACGAGGACGAGUUCAACCUGAUCAUUCAGCUGAAGGACCUGAAGCGGCAGUACCGCUGCGACUUUAACACCCUGCGGGACCUGCGGGUGGAGGUGCAGUACUGCCAGAGGCUGGUGGAUCAAUGCAGGCUGCGGCUGCUCACCGAGUUUGAAAUUUGGUACAAUGAAUCCUUCCUAACUGCUGACGAAACUCAGCAAGUUCCACAAGGGGACAGUAUCCGAAGAGGGCUGGUCCCCUUCUCCAGAAUGACAGCGUUGGAAGAAGAUGACAAGGAGAAGUUUCAACGUCUACAGCAGGAGAUCCUGAUGGAGUGCCCAGAAUCGGUGUCGUUUUACAGAGCCCGGAUGAAGCUGCAGCAGCGGCAAAAUUAUACUCGAGCCAUGAAUCAGCCGCAGCCCAUAACCAUACACAAGAAGCCGGGAAUGAUCACCCCAUCCAUCAAAAACAAACCACCCACUAGUCUGCAGUGCCGCUAACUUACCAGUUACCACAAAGGAAUGCCAAAAGCAACCCACCAGUGUCAUCUUCAUGAAGAAAAGUUACUAUUUAGUUACAGUUUUGAAAAAAAAACUGAAAUGUUAAGGCCAAGCCCUUCCUAGAAUAAGUAUUGUAUAAAGUUAAAUAAAUCAACUCGGUGAA